AUGGCGGCUAUGGCGGUUCGCGACAUCGUGGUGGAUCAGUCUCUCCUACCUGUGCUCAAUAGCAGCGCCGUGACCCGUGAACAAUGUGACAAGCUCCUCGCAUUACUUGACCCGACCGGGGAUACCGCAUCGUCGAAUUCCCAAGAAACCAUCCUCGCAGCAUCGAGAGAACAGAAACAACUCUUCGCGCUUCUUGCUCGACUCCGCGGUCUGAAUCGUGAAGCCAUUCUCCGUGUCCGUGAAACCAAACAAUCGACGGCCGAAGCUCGCCAGGAGAUCGACCGGUUACACCUUCAGCUGCAGAACCUCUACUACGAACAAAGACAUUUGACGGGGGAGAUUGCGGCGUGCGAGUCUUAUGAUCACAAAUAUCUGUCUCUUCCUUUAAUACCGGUCGAAGAGUUCCUCACUCUUUUCCCCGAACACAGAGACUCCGACCCCCAUGAGCUCAUGAUUGCUCGCAUCAAUCAUGAACAUGCAGAGCGAGAGAAACUAGAACAGGCGCGCCAAGCGCUUCUGAAGCGGAAACAGGCUCUGAUUGCGGAGAAUAAUAAGCGCAAGGAAGACUUGGCCAGUUUGGAUCAAGAUCUGGAAAGGUUCAUUGACACUACCUCCACGCCCACGAACGACACGAUGAGCUCCAACACCGGCGCACGACGUCUCCCCCCGCCCGAGAAACCUGAGGCUAUCCAGACCCGGUUUAAGGUCAUUGCCGCUUUUUGGGCCGUCAUUAUAUUCCUGGGGUUUCCAAUAUGGUGGAAGACGACAUCUAUCUACCGGGCCCGACUGCCCAUCCAGAACAUGGUCGAGUGGGCGGAUGGAAAGACCUGUCGUCCAGUUUUCCCCCUUGAGAUUCACUUUGAAACGCCGUCCCUGCCAGAGCCAGAGGCACACCAUCUCUUGCGGACUACUCAGCACACUCUCGAUGAUCUGAACGAAUUCUCCGCCCAUCACCUUCGCCUGAAGCUUUCAGAAGAGAACACCGUCGCUAGCCAUGAAGACAUGCUGGAACAACUGCAGCCGGUCCUGGAUGGAAAAGCCGAUACUGCGUUGACGGUUCGACUGCUACCUCAGGAGGAUUUGGCGGCACCUCGGUCAGAGCUUCAUCCGGACACGACCCGGCUCGACGUAUAUUACCCCCCAAGCCAGAUCCCGCUGCCUUCCGCAUCAAACCCGCCCUUAUCAGCUUAUAUCGCUGGAAAGUUGCAGGAUCUAUUCACAGAAGAAAAGGCCAUCAUUGCGCAGGUAUUAUCCGACAACAAUGUCGGGGGCGCCAGCACACUCACGGCUUCCUCGUCGAAUAAUCAGCAGCAGCCUUCCGCCAUUCUCAAUUCCAUCUCCCCGCAGCUCGCGGAGAGCAUCACCAGGCGUCUGCGAAGGUCUAUGAAAUAUGCGGAAACGUAUCACCUAGCCUUUUCUCUGUUUACCCCUGGGUCCGAACCUUCCUCGUGGGACGUUAAGGCCGCGGUGGAAGAGUACAUAUCACCGCUCCUGCAGGCCUUCGCGCCCAUAAGCAAUUUCACCAUUGAUACCCAAGUUCAGCUCUACGCGACUUCUGCUCCGACUGCACCACUGCCUGAGUAUGACGAAACACAGGCUGCUUGGACGCUGAAGAAAGAAGAUCUCAGCGCUUUCAUCAACGCGGCUGAAUGGCCCUUAAGCCCAAGUAUUGGGAGUGGACCGACCAUCAACUUCAUUCUUUACGUUCCUGCGCCGUCACAGUCUCCCAUGGUCGUGAAGGAGAGCAGCGCAACUAGCUGGAUCAUUCCUCAAUGGGGUGGUGUUUUCCUCUUAAACCCCCCUCUGUCGACCGCCGAUCAUUCAUCCAAUCCACCACACCUGUCUCAGGAGACUCUUCGUCCCGCAUUCCUAACUUUCUCUCAUCAACUCCUUACGCUUCUCGGCGCUCCCGCCACGCCGGCGUCUCUUCCCUUCCGUCUCCAAACCCUCAUCCGGAUCCGUGCUGCCACCCUCCUUCUCUCCGCCUCGUCAACCAUGGGCUCCCUUGCCCGUUUGACCGAGUCCCUCCCUUCCAUUCCUAUCCCAGCUAAUGUAGCGACAUCCGUAUCAACGACUCUGUCUCAUCUCGCAUCCACAUGUGAGCAUCUCCGCGAAGGUCGUUUCCAAGCGGCUCUCGCGGACGCUCGGGUGGCCGAGACAGCGGCAGAGCGCAGCUUCUUCGAAAAGAGCAUGGUGGGCCAGGUUUAUUUCCCCGAUGAGCAUAAGGUAGCUGUUUAUUUGCCCUUAUUGGGCCCGAUAGGUGUCCCUCUUAUCGUAGGGCUUCUAAAGGAAGUCAAGCGGGUUGUUACUGGUCUGAAGGCCAAAAAACAACAAACAUAG